AUGAGGACAGCCUGUCCGGGGACGCCAGCGACCUGAAGAUGCCGAAACGCCGGCACAGAACGGUGUUCACAGCUCACCAGCUGCAGGGGCUGGAGAAGGCUUUUAACGAGGAUGUCUAUGCCCGGGAGAUGCUGGCAGUGAAGACGGAGCUGCCGGAGGACAGGAUACAGGUUUGGUUUCAGAACCGAAGAGCCAAGUGGCGGAAGCGGGAGAAGUGCUGGGGCCGGAGCAGCGUGAUGGCCGAGUACGGCCUCUACGGGGCCAUGGUGAGGCACUCCAUCCCUCUGCCCGAGUCCAUCAUCAACUCUGCCAAGAGUGGGCUGGUGGGAUCCUGUGCCCCAUGGCUGCUGGGCAUGCACAAGAAGUCCAUGGAGGUGAGCAGGAAGGCAGAGGCGGAGAGCCAAGAGAAGCUGGCAGCUGGCUGGCGAGCGGAGCAGGAGGAGGAGGAACUCAAAGGGAAGCAGGCCAGUUCCCAGAGGGGCUCUGACAAGCUUGGCCCUGCGAAAGACUCGGAGGACGCAGCCAUCGACCUCUCCAGGACAGCCAAGCAUGAGAAAAGGGGUGUACUGAUGCAGUGCAUCAACGGUGACCCCCCAAUGGAGCAGAAAGACAGAGAUCACUGA